CGGUCUUAUUUUGUCCAUAAACACAGAUGUAUGCACAUCUUAUUAUGUGACACAGAUUUCUCAAUAAAGUUAUGUCUAGCAUCUGAUAGUACUGCUUAUUUAUGACUAAUGUGCAGCAGGAUUUGGGAUAAACUUUUCUAUCUUUGGGGGGAAUGUUCUUUUAAAAUAAAACACAGAGCAUAACAUGUGAAAGCAGCAAGUUCUGUUGUAUCUAGUUGGCAGAAAACAUUGGCAUUAGUAACUGUUUUGCAUAAAUAAGCGGAUAUGCAGUCUGUCCCUACGCUUCCAUUCUAACACCAAAUUACAGUGCAUGGAAAAAUUGAGCUUAUUCUGUCAGACAGAAUUACCACCAGCUGUCCUAGUUCCUAUUUUUUACAUAUCCCUCACUUAUCUUGGUUUCUGUGGCAUUUAUUUUUCAGACAAUGACCUGUGGAGUUUCUUCAAUGAAAUAUUAUCCAUGGGAGCCUUUCUAGUUCCUUGUGCUCAUUCCUGUGUGUUGGUGCUCAAAAGUGCACCUUUGCAGGUCUCUGUUCCCAGGAUCCUUGUUUUUUUUCAGAACUUCUGCAAGAGUGCUGGAAACCGUGUCCUAGUUACACUAGCUGCAUUUGAAAGCAGGUUCCAGGAUCCAGAGUUCCAACACUUCCAGUAGCCUGUCAAGAAAUGUGGAUGAAUUCUGUUGAUUACCAGGAAGUAUUCUAUAGAAGUCCAGAUCAAGAAACUGGAAAAUAUGUCAUGAAUCACCAUUGAUUCAUGAUUCUGGCAAGUUUCUUUCCUUGAAAAAUUUUCAGCCAGCUCUAAACUUUGCUUUUAUGGUUUUCUAUAUUCUUUCUCUGUUGGAUUUGUUUCAUAAGCGUUACUCAGACACAUAACUUCUCAGUAAGUGAUUUGCAAAUGACUAAAAUGUUAAGAAAUCUGUUUCUAAAUAACAAAUGAACAAACUACACUUUGAAGAGAGGGAAAAUAACAGUCCUUCAGUGAUAGGCAUAUGGGUUGUUUUUUUCAGUCCUUGAUACUAUAGUGGUAGAAAGUCUGUACAUAAAUGAUUUUCCUCUCUCAUAGAUGCUUAAAAGCAAUCCAGUAUAUAUUCAUCCUUACAACACAAAAACUUGCUGCAUUCUGUUUAAAGUUUUUCUUUUUUCUUACUUUCCUUCUUUUUAAGCAAGUGUCUUGAUGUCCGUUCAGUGUCUUGAUGCAGAGAACUGAAAGGGGCAAAGAGUGUGAAGAUAAAGGCCAAAGAAAACAGGUGACUCCUGAGAUUAGCGUAUAGAUUUCCAGACAUCAGCACAGUCACAGCUCUCCAUGAAGAUCAACAGCAUGACAAAAUGUCAUUACAAAGUAUUGGAAAGAACAAGAAUGCAUAGGAAGGAAAGACAACGGUAAAGAAUACUGCAAAUACUAUAUACUAAAAAGUAACCCAAUAUUGCACAUAGUUGUUCUAAAAUUUAUGUAUCUUGUCCUGUGUAUAAAUUAAAAGAGCUAGGUGCCACAGGGUCUAUAAGGAAUCAUGAAUCAGAAAGAGAAUGUGAGACAAUCAGGUUACUAUUUCAAAUCUUACUGUGAUUAAUAGAGAGCAAAUAGUUGAAAAUCUGAACAUAGAAAGCAGUCAAAAAGAAAGUUACUGUGAGGAAAGAUAAGAAACAAAGGAAAGAAGGAGAUGAGAGAAGCAGGAUAACAUCAGUUGAUCAGCUGGAUUUCAAAAAGCGAAUUUCAAUACGCUCAAAGAUUUGGUACAUAAGGUCCUGGGGAAGGGAUUCUAAGGCACAUAGAAACAAAUAUUGUUUGUUUCUUACAAAAACAAAAAAACAAAAAACAAACAAAAACAAACAAACAACAACAAAAAAAAAACAAACAAGGGGAGUAUCUGUUCCAAGACAGGCUACAUUUUAAAUAUGGAAACAGCCCAUCCUCGUGCAAGGAAAAGAGAACCAACAGAGAAGUUUGACUGCAUGGGCUCACCAAUUAUGUGAUGGGGAAAGAAAAAGAAAAAAAAAAAGGGGGGGGAGUAUUGAAAAAGGUAGAAGCAGGAGAAGCAAGAAGGGGUGAAUUAGCAAGAAAAAUAGAAAAGAAUAGCACAGCAGGUUAGUAAUAAAACUGUACAGACAAAAUGCUAUUGCCAGCAAUAGAAAAGCAAAACAGUAAGGGUGGAUUCUUCAGAAAUUUUGUUACAUAUAGUUCUUUGCUGAGCAGAAGAGGUGGAUAACUGUCAGAUGGUGGUAAAGCUGUUUGCUGUUUCACAGCCUGCUCUCUCAACAAUGCAUGCUGUGAUCAAAGUUAAUCAGGAACUAAGAGUGAGAAUGGGAGUCUAUCAUGCUAAUUUUGAUUAAAAAAUUGAUUAAAUCUGUUCUAUAGUGAAUAAGGAGCAAAAUUGAAAUAAUCUUGGUGGUAUUGUACUUUCGAUCUAGGGAGAAUGUGUGGGUUCCUAGAGAACUAAGAAAGAAAAUAGUAAUCAAAAUUGGGAAAAGGAGAUAAGAAUAAGUGGAGGGGCAAGGGAAAGAGAGUGGCUUGGGGAAUUACAUUGUCAGCCAGAUGAACUUUGAUACCAGAAGAGAUACUGAAAAAUCUACUUGAAAUCUCUACAAGCUUAGAGAGUAAUUUUAAAUGCUAUCAUGUAUUUGUCCAUAAAGUAAUUUUUGAAAAACCUAAUGGUCUCAUUUGUCAGCAUAACUGUCCCAAUAUGUGGAAAAUAAACACCAGCAUACUGUAUGUUUAAGUCUAUAAAUCUCUUUACAGCAGAUCUAUGUGACCUGCUUGUGUAUUAGGUUGUUAAUAUCCAGGUGAAUGUACUGUUAGCUGGGGACACAACUAAUUAGUAAUUUCAAAGACUAAUUACUACUGCUUGUUAAAUUGUGAAGAUGAGGGGGAUGUAAUAGGGGCAGGGCUAUCCAUAUUAGAAUAGGGCCUUGAUCCAGUUGUGUCUGGGAUUUUGACUAAUGAUAUGGAGGAUGGAAAGGAAAACAUACCCAUGCAGAGUAUAAGAUUAGAACUCAAAAUAGUUGUGAUAAUGAUUUAAAUUUAAGCUCUAACUCCUAUAUUUUGAGGGAAAAGUGUGAAAUGAAAAAACAACUGCGGGAACUCAGAAAAGAAACUCUUGGGACCACAAUGUAUCACAAACUGAAUAUGAAUCCAUCUGUGCAGUUUUCCAAAAUGAAGAAAACAACAAGAAAAAAAGACCAGAAGACCUGAGAUGUGAGAGAGCCAUAUAUGACAGAAGGAAAGCCACUGCCACUAAACUUCAACUUCUCUCCUUCCCUCGUGCGGCAGUUUCCUGCAUGUGAAGUCUUACUACAACCAGGAGAUGGCACAAGAGAGCCUUCCAACGUUUCACUACGUACGCGCUGCACUGAGAGCAAAGGUAUUGUGAAAAGUGACUUUCCAGGUGUCUACGUAAAAUCUGCCCGUUAGAAGCUGGCAGAUGUAAAAUAGAAGAAGCUUUUUGCAUCCCGAUUGUAAAACUAUAUGUGUAACUGCUCCCUUUAAUCCUAUAUCUAUAAAUCUUAAAGUUUCCUUCCUUUGAUUUGUGAAGCCUGUCAAAGGAAGUACACUGCUUUGCACUGAAUCACAUAUUGUUAGUGUAGCUAAGCAUCUUACCUAACUGUAUUCCUGCCCUUCACCACUGUAUGCUCACUUUUCCCUUAUUAUUAAGCUGAGAGGGAAUGUCAGGACGUCUGUGCUCCCCUGCUUUGGUGUGCAGUGGAGGCAGAGGGUCAAUUGUCCUCUGUUGCUAUAGUUCUGUGUUAUUCAGAGUAAGGGUUUUUCUUCCUCAGCUAACAGUAACAUUUCCAGAGUACGUGAUGUGAUUUGAAUAAAGAAAAUACAAAGAAACAGUGUGACAUGAGAAAGAUAGAAAAGGGGAAGAAAUAAUUAGAAAUACAAAAUGAAGAGCUUUGAACCCCAUUUUUGAAAUAGGUAACGUUCUCAUUAAUAUAAAGAAGCUGGCUUUGGAGCAGUACAAAGAUCUGAUUUGUAGUAGAUGAAUAAAGAAUCAGUAAAAUGUUUUCACUGCACAGACCUAUGCAGCAUUGUAGAACAUAGACCAGGAUGGGCACAAAGGGGGACAGAUGACCCAGGGUAGCCAGAUGUGAUGUCUUAUUCCCCUGUUGACACUGUCAUGCUCAAAUGCUAGCUUUAAAGUUAAGGGGGAAAAUAGACUAAUUAUGUGAUAGCUGAAAGUGAAAGGUUACUUUCUGAAAGUGAUAGCGCAGCUGUAUUUCUUGAGAAGGAAUUCACAAGAAGCAAGAAGUGAAAAAUAGUGCAUGAAAUGAUCCAUUAUCAGUUUUAUAUUAAGCAAGCUGAUAAAUUUAAUUACAGAAGUUACCAUCAUGGGAACAUUUAUUCUUCAGCUAAUACUGACAGAGAAAAAGCCCUUGAUGUAAAACACCUGAAAAAGCCUCUGAGAUUUUGACAAGAUUUUAAGGUAUUUCAGUGUUUUGUUUUUGUGGUCUUGAUCAGACUGUCAGUCCAAGUAACCCGAAUAAUUGUUAAAACUCAGGAAUUUAAGUAUACACAUUAUUCUGCAUAGAUGUAUUUUGUAUUGCUGUAUAAUUCAUAGUCCUAAAACAACCCAGAUGCCAAAACAGUUAGUGAACCUAACAAUUAAUUCCCAUCUAUUCUGGGAGACAAGAUCAUUUCUAGAGUCCCUUUUCAUGCUAUUUUAUUUUUUUUAGUAGUAGUUCAAAAAUUAUCCUUGCUAGGCUAUGAUGAAUUAAACCAAGUCCAAACUUUUGAGCAGUUUUGUCUGAGAAUUGUCCACAGAGAAGUCUCUCAGUUACAGUACGACAGCAGUGACCACUGAAGAAGGAUUUGCAUGCCUGAAACUUGGCUGCUUUUCAUCUCUAAUGGUGUUUUGUUGGUUUUUUUUUGUAGUUAGAAAUAAUAAUAACGAUAAAUUUGCUGCUGGUAACCCUGCCUCUGUAGCAACAGCAGAAUGUGUUUAAAUAUAGUUCUAAUUUGUAACAAUUUUGAAUUCUUCUUUAAUCUGGCUAAAUUGGGUAAGAGCUUACUAAACCAGUCCAGGUAAGUUUUUUUUUCCUGCAGAACUUGUAUUUUUUAAAAGAUUUCACUGGCUGUUCAGAUGCUGGUAAGGGGUCGUAAGAGCUUCCAGCAUUUCGAGCACUGUAUUGAUUUAUAUCAGUUCCAAGCACAAAGAAAAAUUUAAUUUUUGUCUAUGCCUUGUCACAUUGUUUAUUCCAGGCUCUCCUGGUAUUUCUGCACUUAUAGUCUUUUCAUUCCUCAUGGAAAAAAUAGUUUUUCUUCUGUCAGGGAGGAAAGAAUUGAUGAUAAAAAGGUUGCUUAAAGGCCACUUGUAAUGCUUUUACAUCCUAAAGAGUGAUUUCUCAGAAAUAGCAAUGGUUGGAUGAACAUGCCAGGACUAAGACCACAUACGUGGCACAGCAGCUGCCAGCAGCCCUUACUUCACUGGGCAUCUCUCAGAAGGAAUUAUGCGUGCCCAUAGAUGAACAUGCAGAUGAAUCCAGCAUGUCCUUAGUUGCCUUUUUACUGUUUCAUUGCACCACCACUACACUACUCCCAACGACCAUGUGCUCACUCUACUCCAGUCUCACAGCACUCUCUGUUGUAACAAGAAAGAAUAACCUACUCUUAGAAAAUAUCAGUUCCUUUGGUCUUCUGCAGCAAGGCAAAAUGCUGGCAGCCUUCUCCAGUACCUCUUCUGAAGGUGCUUGGAAGUUACUUUCCCUUCAGUUCUUUCAAAGCUUCAGUGGGAAGUAGGUGUCUCAGAGCACAGUACUUCAGGUUAUUCAUCUGGCUUAGUAGGGAAUUGGCCUUUGUAUUGGAAGAUAUAGAAAAGCAAUUAGUGCUCAAAGGCUGGGCUGCUAAACCAAAAUAUCUGCUAUCAGCUGCAUAGUAGGCAUCCAGGUAGGACUGCCUUGCUCUGCAUAACCUCCUUUGCCUGAGACCAGUGUCAUGUAAACACAUUUCUAGAGGGCUGCCUGUGUAAGCACUGUUAUCUUGGUCCCAUCCUGUACCAGCCACACCACUACAAAGCCAUAACUUGGCCGCUUUGACUUCAGUGCCUGCUUGCAAAAAAUACAGUGGUCUGUGUCAAGUGACAAAUCUCAAUUCACUGUAGUUUCCCUGAAUGCUAAAAUGUUUCCUUCUACAUCAACUCCCACAGGAUGGCUCUGCCUGGGCUGGCUUUUGUCAUUACUAUCCUCAGUCUCCUUUGGCCUUCGGGAGUUGCUGUCAUUUAUUUUCAUGAAGGUCCUGAGUCUGCAGAGAGAACAACUGUGUUUUGUACAAACAACUGCAAAAUUUACUGUCAUUUAGUUUGCCAAGCAGAUCUUAAGACUUUUGCUAGUGGCAGUAGUGCCUGUGUCUGAGCUCUUCGUCUCUCAGUCUUUGUAGCAGCAAAGUGAAGGGACAAUCUCUUCCUGCUUAUCUCUAACUGCAAAAGCCCAGGGACAUCAGUGUAAGCAGGUUUUUGACCCAUUGGCAAUAUCACCUGAUUCUAAACACAGUAUUUCUGAAUCACACUUUUGCAUGAGGUUUUCAAACAAAUGCCUGAUGAAUAAUGCAUAGGAAUAGAAAGAGCUUAAGAAAUGUAGGUAAAAUUAAACGAGCAGCUGUUAAAUAUUGUAGAAAUCGUUACAUUCAGAAGUCAUCUGCCAUCUAUCAAGGAUGCUUAUACGAUUUAUGUAUAAUGGAAAUGACAUUUGGUUUAACCUUGUCACAGUAUAAUCAGUUUGUGUCUCUGAGCGCUUAACAAUUUACACCAUCUUUUGGCUGUGACAUUCGCCUCAGUAAAAUGCAUUUAAUGAACCAGCAGUGUGUAAAGAUGUAAUUUGUAGCUCAGAUGGUGAAAAUGUUUUCAAAUUUGUAAAGAAAUGAUGUGACAGAUGCACCAGUGUAUGCUAAAACCUGAGAUUUCUAUUUUGUAGAACACCAUGUAUCACAUAUUCUUUUUCCAAUCCAACAGCUUGCCAAUGCCUUUAUUGUUGACAGAACAUAAAGCUGGUGAAAUCCUACAGAUAGAUUUUUAUAUAUUUUUAUACUUAUAAACAUAAAUAUGUAUUUAUUAUAUGUAUAUAUUCAGCGUAUAUAGUAUCAUACCAUGUAUGAUUUAUAUGCAUAUAUAUAAUACUACGUAGGGGUAAGGGAUGAAAAUAACCUGGGCACAAGGGACUUACAUAUUUCCUUUGGGUGGGAUUUAAUGAUGGCUAGAUCUAACAACCAUAUUCUGAGGGAAUAAGAGGUUGAAGUGUAGAUUUUAGGAAUCAUAGAUGAAGAUGGUUUGAGUAAUGCUAACUGUAUUGAUACAAGUAAAAAAAAAAAAAAGAAGAAGAAAAGAUAUGAAUUUAUACUACUGAAUUUGAAAACAUUGAACUAUUUAGAUGCAAACUGAAUAAGUAGGAGGGGUUCAGUCUUUGAUUCCAUACCUCACUGACAGCCAAGGAAAUAGAGCCUGGGAAUAAAUUACAGUAACUAUGACCAGAGAAGCAAAUGCUGAGUCCAAGCAGGACUGGCAGCAUAACAGAACAAGAAAUCAAAUAGACAGCAAAGCACUGAUUUUGUGUACAGGUGGUAGUGGAUGGGUUUAAGUCAGAAGUCUGCAACACUGAUGGGCAGAUCAGACCUGCAGUCACAAUUUCUGCAGGUGAGCUGGUAUCAGACAAGAGUGGGACGGGCAUCCUUAAGGCACCAGAAAUCUUUUGUCAGUGUACUGCUGAGGCAUUACUGCAACAGCCAAGUGUUCCUGAUGUGCGCAAAACCCAACAUAGAUGGAAGCACUUCUGAAUAGCACACAUAAGGUGGUAAGGGGAAAGAUGUGGAGAGUGAGAUAGCAGAGAACUCUGUGGGACCUGUACAGCUGGAAAGAUUGGGUAAGGAAAAUAAGGCAUGAAUUCUGUAUCUGAAAUAGAGCAAAUUCUAAGGAAUAAUUAUCUUUUUCUGAUUCUUUAGUUCAGAAAACUGCUUUAUAUAAGCAGCCAGGAGCCGGCCUGUACAACCCAGCAGCCUUGGCACUUACUUCUUUCUGGUUCACAACUUUUUCCUUCAGCCCCCCCUCUCUGGUGUCUAUGCUGCGAUGCUACAGCCCCAGCAGCACGCAAUUCCUGCCUCGGGCUGUCUGGGGAGCACAGCGCUCAGGCCAGAGAAGAGGCUCAGAAGAUCUGCUUAGGCAGAGGCUUGUCGGCUUGAAAUGAAAAAAGCUGUCUCUCGAAGACCCGCCGAGGCCGGGGGAGAGGGUCCUUUCGCACUCCCCCGGGGUGCAUUCCCCAGUGCCAUUUGAGGCCGCUCAGCACCAUAAAUGCCAUUUGCAUCGGGAUAGGUUGCAACAGGAGCUGUAAAUCACUGACGGGGGAGCGAACACCUCCAGGGGCAGACACGGCGGAGCCGGGCCUCCUCGAGCUGUGGCAAUGUGUGAACGGUAUCUUUUGUUGAGGGGGGGGGACUGAUGGCAAUUAGAUGAUACUUAUCUGGCUCUUUGAUGUGUAUUUAUACAAACAACGUUUUCCUCCGGGACUUGAGGUAUAAAGGAGUCGUGCUUCCUCACACUAUCCUUCUCGGCAGCUCCAAAACGCAGCAGGAUGACCAAGGCCCCUUUCUCUGUGGAGUGGCUGUCCCAGAGCAGCCAGGCCCCCAAAAGUCCCACCCAGGGCACCCCGCACCGAUCAUCGCCCUCGGCCGCCGGCCGCCGUCUCGCCUCGAGCUCCAGACCCGGUCUGAGCGAACGGAGCAAGGAGAAAGGCGCCGGGAAAGGCAGGGAGCCUUCGGCAACACCCCCCGCUGCAGGUGCAGCGGGGCAACCGCAAGAGGAGCGGGGCCGCGAGUGCUCGUGCCCCGAGGAGCCGAGGGGCGGCCGGCGGCUGCGCACGGCGUUCAGCGCCGAGCAGAUCAGCACCCUGGAGAGCUCCUUUCAGAGGCACCGCUACCUGGGUGCCGCCGAGCGCCGCAAGCUGGCGGGCAGGAUGCGGCUCUCCGAGGUGCAGAUCAAGACCUGGUUUCAGAACCGCCGAAUGAAGCUCAAGAGGCAACUGCAAGAGUUGAGACCGGAGCCUUUCUGUACUCCAGCGCUCCCUUUCAGACCUCAGGUGUCCCUGCCAGUCACCUACAUGGCCCGGCCGCCGCCUCUACCAGGGCAUGAGGCUGCCCCGGGGGGCUUUGCCUUGGCAGCGUUGCCAGCACCUGCCCUGGACAUCAGCAGUGCCUGCAGAGCACAGCCUGUGGGUUUCUGGGCAGCACCCUGCUUUGUAGGAUACAGGGAUCCCAGGGCUUUCUUGCUGAGUGUCUGACCCUCUGGUAUGGACUGUGACUAAGGAGAAUUUGCACUAAUAUCUAAUAACUAUAUCUGGGCUGCCCCUGCCUGCAUCUGCCUGCUGGAGUGCUGGUGCAGCUCUGAGCAAGAUGCUGAUCGACAAUCCAGAUCAUGGACUUCAGGCCAAGCUGCCCAGCAAGUUCAAACAUAGUGGGGUAAAUGGUAGCAUAAGUGGAAUCACCUAACAAACCUUAACAUUUUUUCAGCUUUCAUCUGAAUUGGUCACAAGGACUGCAGAACUAUUUAUCCUGCCCUGAAAGAGCUCCUCCCCAUUGAAUGAAGCACAGUUCUUAUUCUCUAGUUCUGUCCUGGCCCUAGUAGAGAAAGAAUAAUCUUGUGUUGUACCUUGCAAUUUACUGAGGAUACAUACAAAAAGCAUUAACGUCCCCCAUUCCCUUAAAUGGCUGUCCAAUCUCUCAGCUGCUUCCACUAUGGCACUUCAGGAGGGGGCUGUGCUUUUAACAAGACAUAUAGAUAUAUCAGGAAUUAGUUACCAGUAUUUACGACUGGGCCUACAACGACAGCAGAAUUUGUAAUGAAGACAUUGAAAUAGCAUAUAGACUAUGAUUUUUAGGGUACAAAAAAUGGUUUUCUAUAAAUAUAUGAAAAUACCACAAUUUCAUGGGAGGCCUCAGUGGACUAACAAGGGCCUACUGCAUAAAAUAGAUCUUGGAAAGAUCUUGAAUCUUGGGAUCUGGCCUUGCAAUUUGCUAGUGUCUCAGCAUCUUGCAUGUGCCUAAUGGGGUUUGAGGGUAAUUGUCAAAAGAAAUGCAACAUUUCAAAGCUAUUUUUCUCUAAAUGGCAGUAAAGUUUGUUACCAUUGUGCUGUGCACUUUUUGUUUGAGUAAUGCUCAUGACUGGAUAAUGUCUGAAGAUUUUAUUAAAAUAAAAUUUUAGAUUUCAGGCUAGAGAAAGCGUUAUGAAAAAUGAUCCUUGAUUGAUGUAAGUUGUUGUAAA